CACACACACACACACACACAAACACGCUCUUUAUUCUCUUCUCUUCGCAUACCGUUUUCCUCCCCACUGUUGCUUUCCAGUUAGCACUCUCCCUCAAAGCACCACUUCCUGUACUCUCUCUAAUUUUCUCUCUCAAAAAUAGCAACUUCUCUGUUGAUUCUCUCUAAUACACUCAACAAAUUUCAGUUAUCAGUUUGUCUGUUACUGCCAUUUCUAGUUGAUUCGUUUAUGAAGAGAGCUUACUCACGCUCUAUAUUUGCUUUCUCUCUCUAAAACUAUCGUUAGAGAGAGAAACACGCUGCUCGGUUUCGUCAAACUCACUUGUUAGAGUUAGGGUUUCACGAUGGAGAGAAAGCAAGGAUUCUUUUCGGCUCUGAGAGAAGAGGUCGUUCGAGGGCUGUCUCCGGCGAGGUCACGCGAGAAUAGUCCGGCGAGGAGCGUGUCACCGUUGUCGGGUUUGCUUCGCCGGAGGAAGAGCCACCGCUACGUGGCGAGUCCUGAGCCGUUGAUGGCGAGAUCCGGCAGCUUUAGGCCGAUGGGGGAGACAUUGACGCCGUUGAUGGAGGGUCCGGAUCUCGAUGGCGGAGACGUUGGGGAUUCUAAGCGGGUCGGGUCAGGAUUAGGACAUUGGAUGAAGGGGCAGCUGUGUAGAACGCCGCCGGUGGCUUCGAAUGCUUACAAGCGGUCUGAUCUGAGACUGCUGCUCGGUGUUAUGGGCGCUCCACUCGCCCCAGUGUACGUUAGCACCAAUGACCCUUUGCCUCACCUUAGCAUCAAGGACACUCCUAUUGAAACUUCGUCUGCUCAGUAUAUAUUGCAGCAGUUCACUGCUGCAUCUGGAGGGCAAAAGUUGCAGAACUCCAUUCGCAACGCUUAUGCCAUGGGAAAGGUGAGGAUGAUAGCUUCUGAGAUUGAAACUGCUACAAGGGUUGUGAAGAAUAGGAAUGCUGCAAGAGCCGCCGAGUCAGGUGGAUUUGUGCUCUGGCAGAUGAAUCCAGACAUGUGGUAUGUGGAGCUUGCAGUGGGGGGAAGCAAGGUUCAUGCAGGCUGUAAUGGCAAUAUUGUCUGGAGACACACACCUUGGCUUGGUGCCCACACUGCUAAAGGACCUGUUAGACCUUUACGACGUGCUCUUCAGGGUCUUGAUCCUAGAACCACUGCCAGUAUGUUCGCUGAUGCAAGGUGCAUUGGGGAGAAGAAGGUCAAUGACGAAGAUUGUUUCAUUCUCAAGCUUUGUGCUGAUCCUGAGACCUUGAAGGCAAGGAGUGAAGGCCCGGCAGAGAUCAUAAGGCACGGUUUGUUUGGCUACUUCAGCCAGAAGACUGGACUUCUUGUUCACAUGGAGGAUUCCCAUCUGACCCGCGUCCAAUCGAACGGUGGUGAUGCAGUUUAUUGGGAAACAACUAUCAAUUCGUUCCUUGAUGAUUACAGGCCGGUUGAAGGCAUCAUGAUUGCCCACUCUGGGCGAUCUGUGGUGACCCUUUUUAGGUUUGGGGAGAUGGCAAUGAGCCAUACCAAAACAAGGAUGGAAGAAGCUUGGACAAUCGAAGAGGUCGCCUUCAACAUUCCAGGCCUGUCAGUAGACUGUUUCAUCCCCCCAGCUGAUCUGAGAUCUGGCUCCAUCAGCGAGGCCUGUGAACUCCAUCAAGAAGAAAGGGGAAAGAGUGCGAUUGCCCUUGCAGCCCAUCGGGCAAAGGUUGCAGCACUGGAGAAAGCACAUGACAGCAGCACUGAUAACAUGAAUCCAACUACGGAGUUGGAGCUCAGGUUUCCCAGUGACGGAUGGAGCAGAUGGAGGUUUGUUUUUGUUUUACCUUCCUUGGAUGGAUGAAGGUGCGUGGUGAAGCUUUGAUAUAGCAGAGCCAUUAACCUUUUAUGUGAUUCAACUAAUUUAUAUCACACGGCAAUAGCAGCAACAAGAAUACUGCUUCUACAUGGGUUUGACACUAAUGUCUUAGGUCUCUUUAAUUCUACUUUAUAGGAGUGUUUCAGAUUUGUCGUGGUUGUUUAUUGUUUAUUGAUGUUAAACUUGUUUCUGGAUUUGAGAACAAGAAAGAAAUUUCUCUGGAUGUGAGAAAAGAUGGCAGUGUAAGAAAAAAAGUUAUAUAUUCUCUUUCAAUUUUUUUCUUUUUUCCUUACCUGCUGUAAUCAAAUUGGCUGAGAAAAUAUGUAAACAGAAGAUGGAGUUCAUCAGAUACAGAGAUAAGCAGAUUUGCUUCAUCUUUUUCUUUUGGGUCUUAGUGAAUUGUACAUUUCAAUCUAAUUGAAUGCUGAGAUCCUCAAUCUGAUAAGAUGUAUAGCAGAUUUGUGUGGAAUUUAUAUCAUUUUCCAUUUACAUGUUA